AAAUAAAAGAAAAGAAUAUAUAUUUGUAUAAUAAUAACAACAAUGUAACACCUAAUUUCCCCUCCAAUUUAUCGUCCUCCACUCUCUUUCUCUCUCCUCGCAAGCUCCAGCUCUUAGGGGGUGCAUGAGCUUCCCUGUUCUUCUGGUUUUUGUCUAGGAUUCUUCUGGUGUUCUUGAAAGGACUGGAUUUUUUUCGAGAAUUCGGCCGAGGACGAGGUGAAGUUUUGGGUUUUGAAGUGGUGAAUAUUUGACCAAUUUCAGGGCCUGAAAAAGAGGUCAUUUAGGGUUUUGGGGGUAAAAAGUGCCGGCGGAUUUGACAAUGCCGGCGCAUAGAUCGAAAUCAGAGAAGCAUGAGGCUGCGAAGCAGCUACGGAGGGACCCGUAUGAGGUCCUCAGCGUUUGUAGGAACUCGACUGAUCAGGAAAUUAAAAGCGCUUACCGGCGAAUGGCCCUCAAGUAUCAUCCUGAUAAGAAUGCAAAUGACCCUCAAGCAUCAGACAUGUUUAAGGAAGUCACAUUUUCCUAUAACAUCUUGUCAGAUCCAGAUAAACGGCGUCAGUAUGAUACAGCUGGGUUUGAGGCUGUUGAAGCAGAGAGUCAAGAAUUGGAGCUAGAUCUUUCAAGUUUGGGAGCUGUCAACACCAUGUUUGCUGCCCUUUUCAGUAAACUGGGGGUUCCAAUUAAGACUACUGUGUCAGCUACUGUCUUGGAGGGGGCACUUAAUGGCUCUGUCACUGUCCGUCCCCUUCCACUGGGGCAGCCUAUAUCCAGAAAGGUUGAAAAACAAUGUGCUCACUUUUACGAAGUCAUUGUAACUGAAGAGGAAGCACAAGCUGGAUUUGUUUGCCGAGUGCAGUCAUCUGACAAAAGCAAGUUUAAGUUAUUGUAUUUUGAUAAGGAUGGGGAUGGUGAGGGAGGUGGUGGAUUAAGCCUUGCUUUACAGGAAGACAGUGCAAAAACUGGAAAGGUUACAUCAGCUGGGAUGUAUUUCCUUUGUUUCCCUGUGUACCGAUUGGAUCAGACAGUUAACUCGGUAACUGCUUCUAAGGAUCCUGAUGCUGCCUUCUUCAAAAAGCUAGAUGGGUUUCAACCAUGUGAGAUAACUGAGCUGAAGGCUGGCACCCAUGUGUUUGCUGUUUAUGGUGACAACUUUUUUAAAAGCGUAAGCUACACUAUAGAAGCACUUUGUGCUGAGCCAUUUAUGGAAGAAAAGGACAACCUAAGGGCUGUAGAAUCAGAAAUACUAACAAAAAGGGUGGAGUUGUCAAAAUUUGAAGCUGAAUACAGAGAGGUUCUGGCCCAGUUCACCGAAAUGACCAAUAGAUACGCACAAGAAAUGCAAGAGAUUGAUGACCUUCUCAAGCAAAGGAAUGAGAUACAUGCCUCGUAUACUGCUGCACCUCCAAUCAAACGGAGUUCUAGUAGAAGCAGGAGUAAGGGUACAACCAAGGAGGGUAAAGAAGAUGGCGAAGAGAGAGAAAAGAGGUCGACUUCAAGAGAUCGACCCAAGAAGAAAAAGUGGUAUAACAUUCAUCUAAAAGUUGACAAGAGGAAGCCAUGCUGAUAUAGGGUGAGAUAUGAGAACCUUUUCUGUUAAAAACGAAUUGGGUCUUCCCAUUUUUCAUUUAGGCUGAUAGUAUAUUGGGGUUUAGUUUAAGCUCCACAGGGAAAGCUCAUUUGUUUGGGGGUGAUCUCACAUCCAUGGAGACCCAGUACAGAAGGCCAAAACCGGGAUUUCGAGUUCCAGAGGCUUGUGGAUGUAAAUACUUUUAUAGACACUCGUAAGAAAAUGGCUCUCUAUUACAGGCGACUACUCGUUAUUGUAAAAUUCUUGUAUUUUUUCAUGUCAUUGUUUAUUUUUCUUUGGUAUUCCAUCAAUUACACAUGUAAAUCACGUAAUUUAUUCAUUGGGGGCCCGUACGUCGCCUCAUUUAUUGCUUGUAUUUUCGGGAUAAAGAAAGUGGAGAAAUGUGCCAGUAUGUCUUUACUCCUGUAGUAUUAUUAGCUUGUUAUCCUCGUACAAUUUGCAGUAGUUAUCAGAAAGCCAUCAAUGGGAUUUAUUUUU